UGGAAGCAACCAGUAGUUUUCACCAUUUCGAAUGAAAACACCGCCGAACACCGACUCCGACAUGGCGACAAAUACUAAGCGGUGGCAGGGAUCUUCAGCACCAACUUCCAUUACGAAAGAGCGGCAACCAAGAAGAUGCUCUUCAGGUUCCACCACGUGUAAUCUACAGAUAACCUUCCCUCCUCCACCAUUGACAUGUAUCUGCAAUUGUUUUGACACCAGUUUAUCCCUCUCUGUGAAACCCAUGUAUUAUCUUAAUCUACAUAAGUAAAGUGAAAGUGAAGUGAAAUCAUCAACAAUUGGAUUAUAGACUUGGCGAUGGACUCCGAAAUAGGUGUGGUUGAUAACGUUGGGAAGAAGAGGCGAUCCAAUUUAACACGUGAUGAAAACGAUUUUAAAAUUAAGAGAGAAUCAAGUGCAGACAAAGAUAUAGCUUCCUUUCUAUCAUCUAAGGAAGCAACUUGUGGAGAUGACGAGAAUGAACCGGAGGUUGGAGAUGAUGAUGGUCAUGCUAUACAUGGAUUUCAUCUUGUUGAAGGAAAGAUGAACCAUGGUAUGGAAGAUUACAUAGUGGCAAGGAAUCAGAAGAUGAAUGGCUUUGAUCUUGGAUUAUAUGCAAUCUUCGACGGUCAUUCUGGCCGAUUUGUGGCGGAAUACUUGCAGAAGCACCUGUUUGAUAAAAUUCUGAGUGAUCCUGAAUUCUGGACGGACCCUAAAUCCACGAUGAAGAGAGUGUACAAACAAAUGAACGAAGAGAUCUUGGCGAACGUAGUGGGUUCUUAUGGAGGAUCCACUGCAGUCACAGCUAUUUUGGUGAAUGGGAAGAGGCUGAUAGUAGGAAAUGUGGGCGAUUCUCGAGCAAUCAUAUGCAGGAAAGGUGUUGCAGAGGCAAUAACAGUUGAUCAUGAUCCUGAGAGAGAGAAGGGGAUGGUUGAGAGGAGAGGAGGGUUCGUGUUGAAGACAGCUGAUAAUAUUUCACGCGUUGAUGGGCAGUUAGCGAUGGCAAGGGCGUUUGGAGAUGAGAGAGUGAAGGAUCAUAUUAGUGUCGAACCGGACGUUGUGUUUGUGAAGGUAGACAAUGACACAGAAUUUAUGAUCUUGGCUAGUGAUGGUCUAUGGAAGGUUAUGUCGAAUGAAGAGGCUGCUGAUUGCAUAAAGGACAUUGGGGAUCCUGGAGAAGCAGCUAAGGAGCUUAUUAGUUCGGCCUUGUCAAGGAGAAGCUGCGAUGACAUUUCUUGCGUUGUGGUCAGGUUCAUCCACUAGAUUUAGACUUUGUUUUAUGAUAUGAUCAUCUUGCUUUUGUUAAAACUUGCAAGCUUGUGAGGUUUGUUCAUUUCAAGUUUCUGUCUUAAUAAUAAUAAUAAUAAUAAUAAUAAUAAUCUACAAUGUCUGUUAAAUAUUA